AUGGAUGGAGGUAACAAGACAUCUGUUACAAAAUUUUUACUUGUCGGAUUUCAGCAUCUAAAGAACUUCAGGAUAUUCGUUUUUAUUAUACUCCUCGUGAUUUAUAUAAUGAUUAUAGCUGGAAAUAUCCUCAUCAUCACACUGGUGUCAAUCAACAAAAAGCUGUUUUCUCCUAUGUACUUUAUGCUUAAACAUCUGUCUAUCUCCGACAUUUUGUUGGCUACAAAUAUUAUCCCCAAUUCUUUAUAUGCUAUAAUGGCAAAUGAAAGUUUCAUGGGAACUGGAAACUGUAUUUCUCAGCUCUACAUUUUUGGAGCUUCAUCCAUUACAGAAUGCUGUUUACUCACAGUGAUGUCCUAUGACAGAUAUAUAGCCAUAUGUAAACCUUUGCAUUAUAUCAACAUUAUGGACUCAAAUGUGUGUCUGCACCUUGUUUUGUGGUCAUGGAUACUGGGAUUUGUCCUAUCAAUACCAUUAGGGCUUCUUGUAAGUCAAAUGCAAUUCUGUGGGUCAAAUGUAUUUGACCACUUUUUCUGUGACCUUGUUCCAAUCCUGGAACUCUCAUGUUCUGAUACCUUCAUUUUGGAAAUAAUAACUUCAUUAGUAGCUUUACACAUUGGUGUUUUUCAAAUUGCCUUCAUCAUUGUAACGUACAUAUAUAUAACUAUUGCCAUUCUUAAUAUAUCCUCCAUCACUGGCAGAAAUAAGGCUUUCUCAACAUGUAGCGCACAUCUGACUGUUGUUUGCACUUAUUAUGGGACACUGAUAACAACUUACAUAGUUCCAUCACAAGGACAAUCAAGGAAUGUAAGAAAAAUUAUUUCCUUAUUGUAUACAGUAUGGACUCCCUUGUUUAAUCCCAUAAUAUAUAGUUUUCGGAGUCAGGAGAUCAGAGAGUUUUUUAAGAAAUUUGUAUAUAUGAACACAUCUAGCAAAACAAACAUAAAAUGUUUGUAA